GUUAGUGUGUACUUGUAAACUACCUCAACUGCCCAGGAUCACCUAGUUUUAACAGACUGUGUGACCUCGUGACCCCGGUUGCCGGGGACUGGGCCGGACCAUGGCCACCAGUGCUGCAGUUGGAGAGAGCCAGCUCCAGAGGAUUAUCCGAGAUCUGCAAGAUGCGGUGGCAGAGCUCACUAAGGAGUACAGAGAGAGCGGGGAGCCCAUCACUGAUGACAGCUCCAACCUGCACAAGUUCUCCUACAAACUGGAGUACCUGCUGCAGUUUGACCAGAAGGAGAAGACAACGUUCUUGGGAACCCGCAAAGACUACUGGGAUUAUUUCAUUGACUGCCUGGCCAAGAUAAAGGGAGCCAAUGAUGGGAUUCGCUUUGUCAAGUCCAUCCCUGAGCUGAAGACAUCUUUGGGGAAAGGCAGGGCCUUCAUUCGCUACUCCCUGGUCCACCAGCGGCUGGCCGACACCCUGCAGCAGUGCCUGAUGAACCAGCGCGUUACCAGUGAUUGGUAUUAUGCACGCAGCCCAUUUCUUAAACCUCACCUGAGCGUCGACAUCAUCAACCACCUGUACGAGCUCAACGAGGUCCAAUUCGACGUGGCCUCCAGAGGUCAUGACCUGGACUCUGCCUGGCCAACCUUUGCCAGGAGGACCCUGGGAUUAGCCAACUCGCCUGCUCACAUGUGGAAACCGCCCAGCCGUAGCUCCAGCAUCAACAGCCUAGUCAGCACCUACUCACAGCAGGCGCAGGAGUUCCCCUGUAGCCCGGACCUGGGCCACGGCCUCCUGGACGAGUCGGGCGAGCCGCCCGGCGUGGGCACGGUGGACGAGCUGCGGCUGGAGCUGGACCGCUCGGAGCUGAAGCAGCAGGAGCUGCUGGAGCGCGUGCGGCAGAUGAGCGAGGAGGGCACGGAGCUGCGGCGGGUGGUGGAGGAGCUGCAGGCCCAGCUGGACGUGGCACUGGCCUCGCACGGCGCCUUCAGCCAGCUUCAGCAGAGCCUGCGCAUGCUGGAGGAGGACUCCGCCCACAAGCAGCGGCAGCUGGAGCAGCUGCGGCGGGAGGCGGGCGAGGCGGGCGAGAGGGCGCAGGCCCUGGCCCAGGAGCUGGACGCCCUGAGGGGCGGCGAGCAGGCCAGGGAGGAGGUCUCCCGCGACCUGCGGGCCAAGCUGGCCACGGCCGAGCAGCGGAACGUGGAGUUGAUGGCCCGGCUGGACGGGGUGCUGAGCGAGAAGGGCCAACAGACCGCCAGCUACUUUGACUCGGCGCAGAAGAUCCACGACCUGCUGGACAAGCUGAACGAGGCAGAGCGGGAGAAGCUGGAGACCCUGAAGGCAGGAGAGGAGAGGGCGCGGCUGGCAGACAGGCUCGCGGAGGAGGUGCGGCAGAAGGAGGCCGUCCUGAGGGAUAACGAGGCCCGGCUGGCCGCCCUGACGGCAGCCGCUGGGGAAGAGAGAGCCAGGCUGCUGGAGCAGGCCGAGGAGCUGCAUGAUGGUGCGGACAAGUUGCAGGGGGCACUAACACUGAAGGAGAAGGAGGCCAGCAACCUGCAGAUGCAACUGCAGGUCCUGCAGAGCUCCCUGGAGGCCCGAGAGAGGCAGGCGGAGGAGCUGAAGAGGAGGACGCAAGAGGAGAAGGAGGAGCUCCAGCAAAGGUACGGCAGCCUGAAGGAUUCCCUAGAGGGCCAGCUCCAGGACAUCACAGAGCAGCUCAGGGCCAAGGAGAAGGAGCUGUCCGCCGGCACCAAGAGGGUCCAGGACCUGGAGAAGCAGGCGGAGAGCAUGGGGAGGGAGAGGGACGCACUGAGCGGCAGUGUGGCCGAGCUAGAGGGAAGCUUGAAAGACCAGAGCAAGAAGAUGGAGGAGUACAAGACCCAGUGCGCCAGCCUGAUGGAGCUCAAUGGCAAGCUGCUCCAGACAGUCAAGAGGAACGAGGAGACAAAGAGGGAGCUGACAGAGAGCCGGGCGGCCCUGGAGGGCGAGCUGGCCGCCCUGCGGGCGUUGGAGAAGCAGCUGAGGGGCCAGCUGGAGGAUGCCAAGGUGACGGUGGAUGAGAAGGAGAGGAGGCUGCGGGAGGAGAACCGGCGGCUGGAGGAGGCCUGCCAGAGGGCGCUUCUGCAGAGGCAGCUCUCAGAGGCGGCGCUGAAGAAGCUGGAGCAGGAGAACCGGGAGUUGAGGGAGGAGCAGGCCACUGUCAAGGGGGCGCUGUCCUCCAUGCAGGCCGAGCUGCGCACCAUCAGCGCCCAGAUCUCCGAGCUGGAGAAGAGCCUGGCCGCCUCCCGCAAGAGCGAGGCCGACCUCCAGGAGCAGCUCCGGGAGAAGGCUGGCCGCUGCCGGGAGCUGGAGGCCAGGGUGGAGGUGCUAGAGCAGGAGAGGAGCGGCACCGGGGAUAAGGAGGCACAGGAGGCCACCUCCCGCCUCUCGCUGGUAGAGGCCCAGCUGGACCUGAACCUCAAGGAGGUCUCCAGGCUGCAGGCGGAGGUGCUGGAGCUGCGGGCCAAGCUGCAGAGCACUGGGGAUGAGGAGGCCAAGGUGAGGGCGCGGCUGGAGGUGGCGGAGGCCUCACGGGACGAACUCAAGGUCCUGACGGAGCAGCUACAGGGGCGGCUGGAGGAGCUGAACCGUGGGCACCUGGAGGAGCUGCAGCACUGCAGGCUGGAGGAGGAGGUCGUGAGGGCGGAGGGUGAACGGGCCCGGGCUGACCUGGUCUCCGAGGCCAACUCUGCAAGAGAGGAGCUGACCUCUCUGAAGGAACGCAACGAGAAGCUGGUCCUGGAGGUGGCGGAGGCCAGGGAGGGCCUCCACCGGGCCAACAUGGAGAUGGCCGAGCUGGGCAUCACCGUCUGCAAGCUGACCUCGGAGAACCAGGAGGCGCGGCAGAAGUUGGCGGACGUCUCGGCGCGGCUGCGGGAGGUGGAGGAGGAAGGGGCCCGGGAGAUGGACAGGCUGACCGCCAGCAUGGCCACACUGAGGGAGGAGAACGCAGCUCUGCAGGAGGACCUGGGCCGGGCAGAGAACCUCCCAACCACGGUUCAGGACCUCCAGGGCAGGCUGGAGCGGGCGGAGACCCAGGCCCAGAGCCUCCGGGAGUCAACGCGUGAGGAGAUCGCUGCCGUCAAGUUCCAGAUGAGCAGCGAGGCCAUGAACUACCAGAAUCAGAUCAAGACUGCCAGUGAGGAGGUGGUGUCUCUUCAAGGACAGCUGAAGGCAGAGCUAGAGAAGGUGUCUCGUCUGGAGACCAGAGUGUCUGAUCUGGAGGCCGUGAACGGGGAGAACUGCCGGCUGAUUGGAGAGAAGCACGACGCUGCCAUGCAGCAGAAGGAGGAGGAGCUACAGCGGCUGAGGGAAAACUUGGAAAGAGCUGAGGCGGACCUAUCGUUAGCAAAGAGAGGAUGCGAGGAGCUGAAGGAAAAGCUCGAGACUGCCCUGGCUGAAAAACAAAGCCACGCCCUCAAGAUGGCCGCCGAGGUAGAUGACCUGUGCAGAACCAAGACCAAUCUGGAGGAGCGCCUCAUCGAGCUCAUCAGGGAUAAGGACGCUCUGUGGCAGAAGUCGGACGCGCUGGAGUUCGAGCAGAAGCUGCGGGCGGAGGAGCAGUGGUGGCUGGUGGACAAAGAGGCCACCCACUGCCUGGGCUGCCAGAGCCAGUUCACCUGGCUGCUGCGGAGGCACCACUGCAGGCUGUGCGGACGCAUCUUCUGCUACUACUGCAGCAACAACUUUGUGAUGACGAAGCACGGGGGCAAGAAGGAGCGCUGCUGCCGCGACUGCUACUCCCAGCACAGCGCCGUGGUGGAGCGCCUCACGCAGGCCGAGCUGGGCAACCACGCCCCGCCCUCUGGCCCCGCCCCCGCCCCUUACACGCCCACACCCAGGGUCACAGUGACAGACCCGUCUCACAAGCCGGACGAUGGCACCUUUGACAUCAUCACGGAGGAGGAAGUGAACGGGAUCUACGACAGCGACUCUCUGUCCCAGACCACAGGAGACUCUCCAGAGAGGGACCAGGGGACGAGGGGCCCGCCUGCUAACGCGGAGCUAAGUACAAGCACCAGCACAGGAGGAGACACAAUCCCUGACGACCCCGAGGAGCUGAUGGCCACCGUGCAGGACGCUGAGAUAUACCUGCUCAAAUCUGGAGAACUCACGCUGAGCGUGCCCCUGACCCUGGAGGAGAUUGCACAGUUUGGGGAUGCCUCCCGGGAGCUCUUCAUCAAGUCCAGCUGCUACAGCAUGAUCCCCAUGGAGGUGCGCGAGGCCGGGCACACCAUCAGCUGGGUCUUCUCCUCCGAGCCCAAGAGCAUCUCCUUCAGCGUGGUGUACAGGGAGGCGGCCGACGCCCCGCUGGAGCAGGCCAAGGUUCUGAUCCCUUUGACUCGCUGUGACUCCCACAAGGAGACGAUUCAGGGCCAGCUCAAAGUCAGGAAUCCAGGCACCUACACACUCAUCUUCGACAACUCCUUCUCCAGAUUCAUCUCAAAGAAAGUCCUCUAUCAUUUGACAAUUGAGAAGCCAAUCAUCUACGAUGGAAGUGACUUUCCAUAGGCAAGAGGGGAGGUCUUUAGCCCCUCCUCUUCCUGGGUGCCACAUCUUUGUGUUUCUGUAUAAGAUUGUGGUGUAAAAUCUGUAGCAUCAGUGUAUAUCUUAGUUUUGAGAUCAUGUUUUGGCAUGUGUUAGUUACUAAUUGAAGUACAACUGAGGGGAUAUUUUUUGUUCAUAAAACAUUGGCAUUAGCUUCAAUUUACCACCCACAGUUUUAAGAAAAUACAAAAACAAGAGUAACUGAAGACAGUUCUUUCCUUUUUGUUUUUGUUUUUUUCUUUAUUUUUGCCAAGUUCUUUACCGGUGGAGCACGGAGGUGGUAACUGGAAGCUAAAGCUGAGUAAGUAAGACCCAAAUGCCUCUCAAAACACAUUACGAUGCGUUCAUCAAAACAAAGACAACAAAAUGGACGCAAAACAAAAUCUAUGCAACCUCACAACUUUUUAAAUUGCACAUGACAUCCGAGUAAGGGCAAGAAACGGUUAGAGAUGUCGAAAAACUCUGAAAACUCCAGAGCUGGGGCAUGGACGAGCCAUAGGCAGCCUCUGGGUGGCACUAGAGCUAAGGCCCACUGUGCAAUAAGUGACCACUGCCUCCGUGACAUGAUCGAGGACAGUCAUAGGGCGGCAAGCGGUUGGGAUUCAGAUGCUGUGUGAACUUGUUCAGUAUUGGUUACGAUGCUUUGGAGAAAGCGGAAGCAAGCAAUAAUCUCCAAACAAAUGUUUUUAGAUUUCAGGUCACCUUAUAGGAAACCCCACUGCAAAAUCUGUUGUAGAAAUUUGGGUUUUAACACUCCUACUCCAUAGCAGAACAACAAAUUGAGAAACAUUAUAACUCAUAGUAUUCUGUUAUAUCACCAGUUCCCACAAUAUUUAUAAUUAAGGCUUUUAAAACUGAGGAAUCAUGGUUAUAACACGUUUUAAGGACAUAACUCAGUCACUACAUAAGGAUAACGUUGCUAUAACAUUACUUGUACAACACAGGAAAAUCAUUAGCACCAGCAGGUCUGUGCCAGUAGUGUCUUUCAGAGGACUCUGUGGUCACUCCCGAUGCAGUCCACCUCUCUCUGCUGGGGGAUAACGCCAUCAUCAAGGUCCGGUGCCGUGUUAGCAGUGCGGUAAUGUAGAUUCUGUAUCACAGCAACAUUUUAACCAGGGGUAGCCCUCAAAUCCCCCCCUGGGGUGCGGAAACCAGACUCUCAGUUCUGAGUGAAUAUUGUCAUUGUUUUCAGUGACAGCAGUCAGCAAUAUAAUCCAAAGCACUACAUCUGUGUCAUUAAGGGCGGAGGGAACGUUGUGGUAAUUCCCCUCCUGAGGGUUUUGAAGCACUUUCAGCUGCUGGAUGGAAACCAUGGGAACAGAGAAGGGAGUGUGGCGAGUCAUGGCAAACCUGUGUUCAGGUAAUGUCACCUCCUGUCACCUGUCAAGCUCCCAAUGCAAUGGUCUUUCACAAGGUGACAGGUGUUAGAUAACAGGUAGUAAUUUUGGUCAACCCUUCCGAUGAUGUCACCCGUCUGAGGAGCACACUGCGUGUUUCCUGUUAGGUCUUUUGUGUAACGGAAAGGAAAAAGGCCUUAACGUAAAAUUAACCACAAAAGCGAGGCGUGGGUGUACUGCUCUGGCAGCCUUCAGGCAAAACCCACCUAUUUGCUUUUUUCCCAGGGUUUUCCAGGUAACCAUCUGAGCCAUGCAGCUUUCGAUACAAAAAACCGGGCAGUAGUGGACUGAGGAGCUGCUUUUCGGGGGUUAAUUCAUACUAAACGCCAGGCGGGUCGUUUAUCGCACGCUGCUGUCACCAAACGCUAUGAUACUGUGCAGCAGUGAUCAGGCCUUGCGGUCCCAAAACUGCAAUCACACUCACUACCUACAUGUCCUCACCACACACGAGUGUCUAACCACACCCACCUAGUACCGUUUGUGAAGUUCAGGCUUUUAGAAAUGUAUGCUUUUACUUUUCAGAUGACUUUUAAACAGCAGUAAUGAUAAUUAUAAUGAUAAUACAGAUAAUAAUGCUACAGAUCUUUGGGAUUUGUGUAUUUUUUGUACUCAUAGAAGCCAAAUGUGUAAAACCAAGUAGACCACUGUUGGUCAGCCAUGUUUUCCCUCAUCUCCAGACUUUGAAGAAAUAGGACAAGAAUCCUUUAAUCUCAGAGGGUUCUGCUGACAUAUUUUUAUAUUCCUUCCAGUAUUCAAACACUAUACAACAUUGG